GUGCUCUACCUUCAUCACAGAGGCAUCGUCGAGCUGCGGCACUUCGAGCCGUAUUCAAAUUUACGGUGCUUGCACCUCGAGUGCAACGCCAUAUCUUCGCUCGACGGUUUGCGAGCUUUGACCGAGCUCUCGCAGCUGUGCGUCGACGGCAACGCGUUGCGCGACUUGCGCGGCGUCGAACGCUUGACAAAACUUCGGCAUCUCAACGCGAACGAUAACGUGAUCGAGACCUUGGAACACGCGCGCGGCCACGGGGCGUUAGAAACGCUGUGCGUGCGCGGGAACCGUCUUCGAGACGUGGGCAAGGCGUUGGAGCCGCUGCGAGCGUGCGCGGCGCUGCGAUCGCUCGACGUCUCUCGCAACGACAUCGACAUCGACGCGGCCACGGACGACGACGCCCGCCGAGGCUUGCUCGAGGCGUUAUCACACGUCUCAAACGUCGAACUGCUGUAUUUCGCCGACGGUAACCCCGCGUCGCGCUCGACCGAGGCCUAUCGCGCCGUCGUCGUCGAAGCCCUCCCUCGCCUCCGCUGGCUCGACGACGCGCCCGUCGACGCCACCUCCCGCCGACUCGCCGCCGCUCGCCUCCUCGACGGCGUUCGAGGCGAAAUCCAAGCCCAACGAGACGUCGCCGUCGAGCGUCGUCGCCGCGCCGACGCCGAGCACGCCGCCUUCCCCGUCGCGUGCGCCGCCGUCGCGCGCGCCCGCCGCGCGCGUCCCGUCGCCGACGUCGACGCCCUCGACGCCCUCGACGCCCAUCUCGCGUGA